GUUGGAUUCUCUCGUCAGUCGGGCUUGUGUUGGCAUUGUUUGCUAUUUGAUUCAUUGUCGCUGUCACUAUUACUGCGCCAUGCGUUGAGGCUCUCUGCGGUGCUCUCCUUUAUCUUCUCCAUACUACUUCACUUAUCCGAUAUCAGUCUACUACUUCCCUACCCACUCUUUCCCUCGUUUUGAUCAUAGAAUCGUUCCCCUGUCGACCUGCUACGCAUCAUGGCUCCUCCUGUACUUCCAUUCCAUGAUAUAAAUCUGCACGCCGCAUCGUCGCACUAUGCGUUCACCUCUCCUUCGUCGCCAGAUGCCCCGACGCUCAUCGUGGACCGGCCAACCGGGGACUUGCGCCUCCACGAUGGUACCUUGUCAGGGGCGAAGCGGAUCAGCAGCAUCGCUGGAAUUCUGGGUAUUAUCAAACUGAAGCUGGACAAGUAUCUCAUUGUCAUCACCAAGGCUCAGCCGAUGGGAAGGCUUCGCGGCCAUAUGGUUUACAAAGUGGCCGCAACAGAGUUUCUACCUCUGCGUGAGCGCCCUUUGCAUGACUAUGAUGAGGAUACCUAUCUGGCACUGUUGAAGGAGUUGCUUCGGACUGGGCCGAUGUACUUCUCUUACUCCCUGGACCUCACCAACAGUUUCCAGCGUCAAUCACAGAGUGACCACAGUCUUCCCAUGUGGAAACGUGCUGACGACCGCUUUUUCUGGAAUCGCUUCAUCCAGUCCGACUUGAUUGAUUUUAGUCUCGGAGAACAUGACAACACUGGUGUUCGUUACGGUCCUCAGCCCGGAGCUGAUCCGUACAUUUUGCCGGUGAUGUUCGGUAUGCUGCGCAUAACUCCGGCAAAGGUCAAAUCCACAUCGUUCGUGUUUGCGCUUAUCACUAGGAGGUCGAGACAUCGGGCUGGUACAAGAUACUUCUCGCGGGGUAUUGAUGAACAAGGCCAUGUUUCCAAUUAUAACGAAACGGAACAAAUCGUGAUCCUGAACGACACGGCCGGUGGGCUCUCAGGGUUUGCUGGCGGACAGUCGAUGAAGGAUGAAAAAGCAGGCCAAGAUACGCAGGUUCUGUCUUUCGUGCAGACCAGAGGAAGUGUUCCAGUCUACUGGGCGGAAGUCAACGACCUCAAGUAUACCCCGAAGCUUCAGGUUCGUGGGGUGGAGACUGCGGUUGAUGCGGCACGCAAGCAUUUUGUCGAGCAAAUCGAACUAUAUGGGGAGAACUACCUGGUCAACCUGGUGAACCAGAAGGGUCGGGAAGAACGGGUGAAACGGGCGUAUGAGCAAAUGGUGCGCGCAUUGGUCUCGCCGACAGCCGAGGAUACUGAGGCCAAUGGCGCUACACCUGAAAAGGUACACAUUCUGGAGGCUAAACAGACACAGAAGGAGUUGGACCGUCUCCACUACAUAUACUUUGACUUCCACAGCGAAACCAAGGGCCUUAAGUGGCAUCGCGCCGAGUUGUUGAUGGAUCGCUUGGUGAACGGGCUUUCGCGAGGUGGCUAUUUCCGUGGUGUGGAAAACCCUGGUGCUCCUGGUGGGUCACUGGACAUUCGAUCAGUGCAAACCAGUGUCGUGCGGACCAACUGCAUGGAUUGCUUGGAUCGGACAAACGUCGUGCAGAGUAUGCUUGGACGUUGGGCUAUCACUCAACAGCUUGUGGAGGCCGGAUACCUUAGCCCUGGUGAACACGCCACGGCCGACCCGGCGUUCGAAGAUCUGUUCCGCAACAUCUGGGCUGAUAAUGCCGAUGUCGUGUCCAAGUCAUACUCCGGUACAGGGGCCUUGAAGACGGACUUUACUCGUACCGGAAACCGCACGCGGGCCGGAAUGGUGCAAGAUCUAAGCAACUCUAUCACUCGAUACGUGCGCAAUAACUUCCUGGACGGUCCCCGACAAGACGGGUUCGACGUGUUCCUGGGUACCUAUCUCCCCCCAGACUCAACCAUUGGCAGCUUCCAGCUCUUCUUCGACCGUCGGCCAUUGGCCAUCCAGUCUAUUCCGUACAUCCUUACCGCCAGUAUCUUCAUGAUUGCGGUUUCCAUCUUCACCAAGCGCGACCUUGAUUCCGCCGUGUGGCCUCUUCGUCUGUUUGCCAUAUUCUGGAUAGCUGUUGCCGCAUGGUGUCUGCGUUUCGUCUCUGGACAUGGAAUGCUAUAUGUGAACUGGCCAAAACUGAACACUCCAUCAGCUGGCGCAGAAGGCUACCAAGAUGCGCUCGUCAAGGCACGUUCAGACCCACUUAUUGGGCAUUGGAUUCCCAUCAAGAGACACCAACGGGGCUAUAGCAAUGCUCGUUUGGGAUUCCUGGAAGAAGGAAAAACAAGGAUCGAGUAGAUGCCCUUUCUGCGACUGGGAUCAGCUUUUUUUCCUUUACAUUCUUUACCUGGCUAUUCAUUGACUGGCUGUAUUUCUAUUUUCUUUCUAACUUAUCACCCGAUACUGGCGUUCUUAGAUCGUUUACUUACUGUUCCACGAUCAUUCAUAAUCCAAUGUUUUUCUGUUUCAUCAUACCCUGAUUGUCAAAUCCAAUAACCCGUUUUAAUGGUUUCUAAAUCUAUCCACCCCGUGUACAAUGACACAUCGUCGCGCCGCG